GCCCAGCCCGAGUGGUUAGCAGGUUAAAGCACCCUAAGCUCGAUUCAUCCAGACCAAGCCCACAACAUGUUUCCCCGAGCUUACAGUGUUACUAAACCCGCAACAGUAAAAUCAUGUAUUUGGUCUCCCACAGUGGACAGAACAUGGAAGUGCAAUUAUUUUAGUAAAUAUAAAUGGCAAAAUACCCUUACCUUUUUUUCUUAUCAGCAGUUAGAGCAAUCACCUUCCAUCAGUGUGCAGCAAAGCACUGGUUAAAGCUUGUAGGAGGAGUUUUCAUUCUGCUCUAGGAGGAUGCAGGAUCCU